ACAUUUUUAGACAAACCCGAAGGUGCAAGGCUCACUACCAAUGCUUCACAAAAUACUGUCACUGAAGGAGACACUGUUACAUUUAAGUGCAUAGUUAUGGCUGCUGUGCCUCAAGUAUCAAUUUACAAGUUCUACUUCAAUGGCCGCCUCCUAAGUAAUAACAGCAACGGUGAGUAUACUCUCAAUAACGUCAAUCGAUCUCAGCACUAUGGCAAGUACAAAUGUGUCCCACAUAAUGAUGCUGGAGACGGAGUAGAAGCCACUGUGAGGCUUUACAUAAAUGGUGGGUAGAAACAUCUUUGAGAAUUUUUGAAUACUUUGCAAUUAUAAUCCGAAAUGGGAAAAACGUUUUUUACCAGUUUACUUGCAUCAAUAAAAAUUUCUACAUUGCGAAUUAUUACAACCCCGAACAGGGAAGAAUAGAGACCCUGGUAUUCAGGUUGCCCCGCUAUAGGCUUUUCCUGGGAGUAAUGGGAAUGAAUAAAGAAUUUAAGGUGGGUGAGGGGAAGGAGAAAGAAGUCUGGGACGAGGCACAUUUUGUGUGGCUUUACAAACAUCUUCGCAUUGCUCUCUAGCUAAAGAGGUGUCUCCUUCGCAAGCGUUUCUCAGCUUUCCACACAAUGCUCCCACCCUAGGUACCUGGGAAAAGUGCUGGUGAAUGAUGCCUGUCUUGAAAAAUUUUACCAGUGCCUAAUGAUAAAUGGGUGCCUAAUAGCAAAAGUUGUGCCGGAUGAUAAUAAACUGGUGCCUUAUAGUGAUAGACUUGUACCUAAUAAUGUUAGACAGGUGCCUAAUAUUGAUGAACUGGUGCCUAACAAUGAUGAACAGGUGCCUAAUGAUAAAAUACAAUGCCUAAUUAUGAUGAACUUGAGCCUUAUAAUACGGAAACAAAUCUAAUAAUGAUUGACUAGUGCAUGAUAGGAAAAAAAAAAUGAUUUUGUGGAAAUGGCAUCCCAUGGUUACCCUAAACUGUUUUUAGACACAAGAAGUCUGUAAGUUUGUGUAACUUUAUGGGAGCAUUUACAUGGUUGUACAUUUAACGUGCAGCAAAAAUCCUGGAAUUUAGGUACAAGUUUGAGAUUAAUCCCAGCUUUGAUUUUAUUUUUUUGGUUAAAAAAAAAACAAGACAUUAUUCAAGAGCAAUUAUCUUGUGUCUUCCAAAAACUGUGAACUUCUGCUUUUCAUCAGAGUAUUUUAAAACAGAUGCAAAUUCUGAUUAGCUUACAUAGUGAAAGUUUGUUUCCAUUUUUUUAUAUUUUUUAUGUAUGUGCUACAUUUUAUAAUCUUAUUUCUAUAGCGUUUGAAGUGGAUGGUUCUGAACCAAAUUGCAUUCUAAUAUUAUGGUGUGAGAAUUUUGUUGUUCCUCUCUUCUUAUCUAGUUCCUGUCCAGUUUACAGAAGUGCCACAGAAUAUAACAGUUAAUGCGUCAACUCCUCUGUUUUUGAGUUGUGAUGCCUCGGGUUUUCCUGAACCUAAGAUAAGAUGGGAAAAAUCUGAGAUUAAACUGUCUAACACCAAACAGUUGAACAUCUCCAGUAGUAACAGGAAUGAUGCAGGAGAAUAUGUUUGCAUCGCAAGCAAUGGAGUGAGACAGGAAAAGACAGUAAGAGUUUAUGUCACUGUGCAAUGUAAGUCUUUAUUUCAGUCUGUCAUAAAAAGCUGCCACUGCUGCUGAAUCCAUAAUACAGUCGAACCUAUAAGCGGUCACCCUGUAUUUAGUGGCCAGUUGUUAAAGUCUCAACUUCUUUUCUCCUUAAUCGCUGUGUUCACCUUUGAGUGAGUGACAACAACCUGUUUGUAUUGUCUUCCACCUGUAAUGAACAGUCUCAUAGAAAGGAACCAUUCAAUUAAAACUAUGAUUUUUGUAGUAAAAUUUAAUCUGUUUCUCUCCCGAAAUUAAUGUUAGUAAUAUUUUAACGAGUUUUUUUUUUACAUAAAAUGAUCAAUUAUGGCAUAACAUGGCCUUUUUAUCAUUUUUAAUAUUAACCCUAUUCUGUGGAGUGCAAUGUCCUGUGGGUGACCGCUCAAUACAGGUUUGACUGUACAUAAAUACACCCAUUUUCAAAACGUUGCAAUUGAAAAAUUCCAAGAAAUAAAUACACUUUUAUUCCAAGAAAAAGGUGACAACAGAAUAAAUUAUAAGGAAAAAGGAACAGCACAAUAGCUGAUGUCAAGUCUUUGUUUCAUCUUCGCACUAUAAAAAUGUUGUGUUUUCUCGAUGUGAAAUAUACAUGUAUCAUGCCUCGCCUUUUUGAUAAGAAAAGAAAAUUGUUUAUAUUUUCAAACUGCAAACAGGUGUAUUUAUAUCUACACAAAUUCACCAAAACACACCAAGUCAAUAUCCAAGAAAAAACCUUAUCAAAAUUAAAAUUUCCCACAAAGAGAGAUUUGCAUCCCAUCCUAGAAUAGGGUGGUGGCUGGGCUGCAUGCAAGCGCUAUACUUGUAGUUAAGCCCCCUGCAUCUUCUUCAGCCAGGCUGGCUUGAAGAUGGACAUUAAAAACCUAGUCUCCAAGUUUUUGCAGCCCCUCCUAAGCCUCCUGAUUUGGACUUUCAACCACCUUCCAACCAAAGGGUGUUCACGCACAAGAUAACGUAAAUUGGCCACCGUAAAGAGUUAAAAAGCUGACAUAUUGAAAAGCCAGCUUGGUAACUCUUUACGGUAGCUAACUUACGUUAUCAACUCACUUGAAAAUACUAAAUAACCCUACUUUUUACUUGAGUUUUUUAGUGCACACGAAUCCAAAUAAAUGGGAUUUCCGAGGUACGCACUCGAUCGCACGUGCGCAUUACUUGCUCUGUUUCCCCUCUACUUACGUAAUUCCUAUUCAUACCCUGCCCUAUUUUGGUCGUACAAUCAAAAUUUUCCGGCUGGAUGAGUUACUGUUAUUACUACUGUUUUUUUAUAGGUAUGGGCUACGCUGUGCUCUGCUAUUGAAUCAAUGAAAUUAAUUGAUUCAAUUUUAAACAAAUACCUUAAGUUUUAACUUUCUGAGUUACUUUUUGUGAAGGCUUGAAAUUAAUUACAAACGGUUUUUAGGCCGCGAGUCAACCCAUUUAAUGACAAAAUUUUUCUACCAAAAAUUCAUUUCUAAAGCAAUAUUCUGCUGGCAUUCAAAGCAAUUUAGGAGAGAGAGGGAAAAGAGAGGAUUAAUAAGUUAUUUAUCGGCUUGAAGUCGUGACCCACAUCUUUGCUUAAAAAUAAUGCCCAGCUUGUUUGGAUCGUUCAGUGCGACCAAUGUUGCUGCGUAUUUUUGCCUUGUUCUAAAGUGUAAUACGGUGGCAUAUUUUCCCUCUUCUCAUAAUUUCAUUUAGUAAAAUGACACAGUGGAGGUAUGAUAAAGCUCAUAAACAUUCUGAUUGAUAUGAAGUAUCACCAAUUAUUUGUUCAGUUGCUUAUUGCAUUAGUAUUUAUUCUUAGACCCGCCCACAAUUCAAAAUGUCACAACGUCAUCUAAGAAGUCUUGGAUUGGCCAGACAGUGAGCUUGAAAUGUCUUUCUGAUGGUGUUCCUACACCAACACUCUAUUGGUACAAACCUGAAGGAAGUGAAAUAAACAGAGUCACAGCCAGAGAAAACAAAGUACAAGUGCCAUUCAGGGGUGAUCAAGAUUUUGGUCAUUACAAGUGCAUUGCUGCUAAUGGACUCAUUCCAUCUGAUGAGAAAUUAAUAAAGAUAAAUCAGAUAAGUAAGUAA